AUGCGUGUCAAGCUUGCAAUGCCCGCAGACACCUUGCAACAAGGUCCUCAGGUCUAUACGACAAGGCCACACCCUUGUGAUAAAGUAGCGUGUGAUAAAGUAGCGUGUGAUAAAGUAGCGCGUGAUAAAGUAGCGCGUGAUAAAGUAGCGCGUGAUAAAGUAGCGCGUGAUAAAGUAACGCGUGAUAAAGUAACGCGUGAUAAAGUAACGCGUGAUAAAGUAACGCGUGAUAAAGUAACGCGUGAUAAAGUAACGCGUGAUAAAGUAACGCGUGAUAAAGUAACGCGUGAUAAAGUAACGCGUGAUAAAGUAACGCGUGAUAAAGUAACGCGUGAUAAAGUAACGCGUGAUAAAGUAACGCGUGAUAAAGUAGCGCGUGAUAAAGUAGCGCGUGAUAAAGUAACGCGUGAUAAAGUAACGCGUGAUAAAGUAACGCGUGAUAAAGUAGCGCGUGAUAAAGUAGCGCGUGAUAAAGUAACGCGUGAUAAAGUAACGCGUGAUAAAGUAACGCGUGAUAAAGUAACGCGUGAUAAAGUAACGCGUGAUAAAGUAACGCGUGAUAAAGUAACGCGUGAUAAAGUAACGCGUGAUAAAGUAACGCGUGAUAAAGUAACGCGUGAUAAAGUAACGCGUGAUAAAGUAACGCGUGAUAAAGUAACGCGUGAUAAAGUAACGCGUGAUAAAGUAGCGCGUAAUAAAGUAGCAUUUCUUCAUCAAUCUCAUAAAUGCUUCUGA